AUGCAGCGCACAGUGAGCUCAGUCUGGUUCCUUAACCUCUCGGUAGCAGACCUUCUCUGCUGCCUGUCUCUGCCUGUUCUGGCCGUGUCCCUUGGCUCCAAGAAUCAUUGGGAGCUGGGAGAUUUUGCCUGCAAGUUUUUGCCUUCCAUCAUCAUCCUCAACAUGUUUUCUAGCAUCCUGCUGCUGACCCUAAUCAGCAUGGAUCGUUGUGCCCUCGUGGUGAAGCCCGUCUGGUGCCAGAAUCACCGCUCGACCCGCUUAGCCUGGAGACUGUGUGGCGGGGCCUGGAUCUUUGCCACCCUGCUCACUCUACCUUCAUUCCUGACCAGAAGAACACAAUAUGAGUUUCAUAACCUGAUACUCUGUGUGGUCGACUAUGGCUUCUUUGGUGUAAAUCACCAAACUGCUGAGAUCUCUGUGGCGGUCACACGCUUCCUCACUGGCUUCCUGGUCCCUUCAGUAGCCCUCAGCCUCUUCUACGGGCUGCUGGCUCUGCGUGUACGCAACAGUCGCUUCACACGCUCCAGGAGGACCCUGAAAAUGAUCUUGGUGAUCAUAGUGAGCUUUUUUGUCUGCUGGGCUCCUUAUCAUGUGAUUGGCCUGAUUCUGGCCAGUAAGAAUCCGAGGAGCCCCCUCUUCCAUUUCCUGAACCAGAUAGACCCCCUGGCCGUGGCGCUCGCCAGCACCAACAGCGGCAUCAACCCCAUCAUCUACGUCAUUGCAGGUCAAGGCUUCAAGGUUAAAAUCUGGCGCUCACUGACUGCCGUGUUGCGCAAUGUCCUGAAAGAGGAAAUAUCAACAGCCACCUCCCAGGCCAGGGGGGGCACUCAGGGCUCCUGCACCACUAUGGAAGUUCAGAGCACUUGCACAACCCUGUAA